GCACGUUCACUUUGCUGACCAGCCUCGAGCCGAUAAGUUGAACAGGAGAAAAAUUCCAAGGAAAAAAAAAAAAGAAGAAAAAAGAUAUGGACUUGAACAAGCUGAAGAAGAUGGAGAUGGAGGUGCGCAUUGGGGGCAAGGGAUCGGUGCGCCGCAAGCACAAGCACAUCCGUACAUCGCCGGCCAUCGAGGAGAAGCGCCUGCAGACCGCUCUCUCCAAGUUGAACGUCAGCCAGGUGCCGGCCGUCCACGAGGUCACCAUAGAGAUGGCCGACUCCAGCGAGAUCCAGGUGCUGAUGCCCAAGGUCCAGGUCUCGACGUUGAACAACUUGUUUGUGAUCAACGGCGAGAUGCGGCGUCAUCCGCCGGUGCACCAGCCGGAGCAUCAGCCGGAGCGCCCCAAGGAGAGCUUGCAGUCCGGUUCAGCGGCGAGCAUGCAGAUGGAGCCACCGCAGAAGGCCAAGAAGCCGAAGAAGCCGCGCUGUCGCCUUCGCUAUCGCAACAAGCUGGCCAAGGAAAUGCUCGAGCGGGCAGAGCAGGCUGGCGACAUUGCGACCAAGGAUGGCCGCGACCGCUCCAGCCAGGGCGAGUCCCAGGAGGACGACCACGACCGCCAGGACGGCCAGGAAGGACAGGACGGACAGGACGGCGGCGGCGAUGGCCCCAUUUGGAGCGACAGCCCGAACGAGACCCAAGUGGGCUCGGACCCCGAAAACGAUUCGCUGGUCGGGGACGGCGACAUCUCCUCGGAGGAUGACGUCGCAACCGAUGAUUUUGAGCCCGACCAGAAGACACCCAAUGACGACCAGUACUGCGACCUCGAUGAAGUGGACUAGUUCUCCGCAUUUGCCAGAGGUCCCGUAGUCCAAAACAGAUAAUAAAAAGCAUUUACAAUCCA